CUGACGGGUUUUUUCACACUUUUUCCGUGCGCAGACGCCGAGCAUAGGCGCUAAGAGAAUAGUUGGCGACGAGUCCUGGGCCUCAUCAUUUCCAGCCGUCACCAGCUUACCGUCUUCCGACUCCGCCGGUAGAAUUAACUCUCAGGCCAAGCAGCUGUAGAAUGGAGAGCUAUGGCACCAUCGACGAACGCUCCGCCGCGACGCCGAAGAAGCUAGUAGGGCGCAGAAUCAUCGCCGCGGUCGCCGCGGUCGCCCUCGUCGUCGGCGCGUCGGCGGCCGUAAGCGUCAACCGGCUCCCGGGCGCGAACCUUUUCAUGUGCCCCAUGAUAUGGGCGCCCGUCUGCGGCGAGAACGGGAAGACGUACGGGAACGCUUGCCAGGCGCAGGGCGCGAGAAUGCCGUUCACGGAUGGCGAAUGCUCUCCGGACGCUCAGGCUCAGACCACGCCGUGUACCAGGGAGUUCAUGCCGGUCUGCGGCUCCGACGGCGUCGAAUACGUGAACAAGUGCUACGCGGACAAGGCGGGGGCGACGUACACGGAAGGACCGUGCACGAAGCCGUGCACGAGAGAGUACCGCCCGGUCUGCGGCUUAAGAACCCGGACGACAUCGAGUGCCCCAAUGGAGGCUGCGCGUCGCCAGUGUCCUAUUUUUACGUAGACGGAACUCACCGGUCGGUUCACAGGCGACCAGAGCAAUACUGUCACGACGGGAUCGGUCACGUGCUCGGGAGGGGAUUGCAUUCAGACGGGCAUCACCGCGGACGGUUCGAUCAGCUGCGGCGGCGGCGGCUGCCCCCAGACCGGGUCCACCGCGAAAGGUGGCAUCACGUGCCCGGACGACCCGUGCGCGAAGUGUGGCGAAGGGGGUAUGACCGGGCGGCCGCGGGCGUUUUACUCCCCGCCGGGCCAGCCUCCGAUUCCCGUCCCCAACUGUGUGUGGAAAUCAAAAUUUUACGUGGCCCGACUCACGGGUUGAUUUGCGCGCAGGUCCCCAAGGCUCGCUGCGCGAAGGGGAUCAACGGCCUCACGGACUGCACGGACCUGUGCCAGAAGUUCCCCAACGCGCCUCAUACGACGACGUGCUGCAAGUGCUAUCCGGCGUGCUAGGCUCCCAUCCUUAGAUCGGCACGAAGGCCGACCCCCCUCCUUCUCUGUGUCCAUAGCGUAACAUGCCCUCUUACACGCACAACAGAGA